AUGCAUGACAACCGUUUUGUCCGUGUUUAUGGUGAGGCCAAAGUGGUCGUAGCCCGCUGCGAAGAGGUCCAUGCUCUUGUGCAUGUCCGCUUCGGUGGUGAUGUUGAGAGCGCAGUCGUCCGCAAACAGCAGAUCAUGGACUGUGGUUGUGGAGGCGCGCGUUGGGGCCUGCAUUCGACGAACGUUGAGGAGGUUUCCGUCCGUUCUGUAGUUAAUGUGGAUUCCGGGACGCUUUCACGACAGCAUUCCGUAGUCCGUGACGCGCGCUAUCAUCCCGUCAUGGAGUUGUCGGACCAUGUGGGUGAAGUGCUUCGGACAAUCAAACUUCUGCAGAACUUUCCAAAGUCCGGGGUGGUUCACCAUGUCGAAGGCUUUUGUCAGGUCCACGAACGCAGUGAAGAGCUGACGUGCGGCAAAUAUCAUGUCAGUGGUGCCGCGGUGACGUCAAAAACCACACUGGCUUUCAGGCAGGAGCCCUUGUUCCAGGUGAUUAUUCAGACGACUGAGGAGAAUGCGAGCGAAGAUUUUGGCGGCAAUAUUCAACAGCGAGAUUCGGUGAUGGUUGUCACAGACUUGACGAUUCCCUUUUCGCUUGUAGAGGUGGACAAUUGUGGCGUCCUUGAAAUCCUGAGGAACAUGUCACUGUCGCCACAUCUUUUGGAACACGGUGGUGAGGUGAGAUAUGAGUUGGUGGCCACUAUAUUUGUAGAUCUCCGCCGUGAUCCCGUCGGACCCGGCAACCAAUUAGAUCAGCGAUUUGAAGACUGGGUGCUCCUUUUUUCCGCGGAUGUCUCUGAUGAGGGAUCCACGGCGGAUAUUGAAACGUCAGGCGAAUAA